CACGCGGCUGGAGGAGGCGGAUCGGCUGUACCAACAAGCCAUCGCCAUGCGACAGGACUACACCCAGGCCUACAUCAACCGCGGAGACAUCUUGAUCAAGAUGAAUCGUUUUGAGAUUGUAGUUGCCGGUAACAGCUCUGUGGAAUUUCUUUAUUGUAUGGGCUCUUUCACGUCUUCUGCUCUUCUCGCUCUCUUCUGGAAACCGUCUCUUAAUGAUCAUGUCGAGGAAGCUCGAGAACAAAGCUCGUUCGCCCAGAUGAUCGUGUUAAAUCAGCUCGAUAUGGAGACACCGUUGACCGUUCUUGCACGACGCACCGAAAAAAUCUUGAAUACUGCCCCUCGCAUUCCUGCCGUUUCUGUUGCCUUUUUUCCGUCCGUGUCUUAA